AUGCAGAGUUUGUGGUCCCGCGCUGCCCCGUCGCAGUCAACCUGCCGGUGUGUCUCCUGUCUGAACACCGCCGCCAAGGGAGUCACCUCACGAUCGGCCACCGCGGCAAGCAGGAGGAAACUGCGCAUCGGGAACUCUGUCACCCUGUUCUAUACCAGCAUCUUCGCCGGCGCCGCUCUGGCCGAUGCGCGCGGCAAAGAUAAACGCCGAAACGAUUGGGAUGAGAAGAUCGCAGCCGUCAAGGCGGAAGUGAAUGAACUGGUGGAUGAGGAACAACGGAUCUUGGAUGCAUUAUCAUAUCAUACUCAGCGCAGAUUGAUGGAUGCGGCCAGUGCUCAGAUAUCUGAAAGUGCCCCGGUGGAUCAUGAGCAGGGCGUGGAGCAUCAGGAGCCGGAAGAGGGGGAACUUUAUGAGGAAGAGGACGAAGGCAUUCCCGACUGGGCUUUUCAUGACCCUCUCCGUCUGAAGGCGAUCCAAAAACUGGCAUUGACACAAUUUGCUAUUCGGCUCUUGCUUCGUCCGACAAUCGCGCACCGCUACUCGGGCAUUUCAAUGAAUUACGCUUCGGACCCGAACAUCCCGAGCGUCAACGUCGAGAAACUUCUGAGGGAGCUGAACAACAUCCGACGUCGCAUUCAUGAAUUGAAAACACAGAAAAGUGCGGAGUUUGGAGACGUCAUAUCCGACUAUACCAUUCUCAGCCAGGCCCAGAUGCAGGAGCGGCGCGACAGCCUUGAAGCCGAGCUCAAGGAAGAUGUUGAUUUGUUCAUGAGCAGGCAGAUGUCUCUUGAAGAGCUUCUGCUGCGCCUAUCGAACAAUCUGUUGAACUCUCCAGACCCAGACCGCACUCCAUCCUUCAGAAUCAUGAUGAUCGCCUUUACCCGCGCCCGCCAAAAUGACUUGGGUGACCUUCUUCUACGAACCCUACUUCCUCACUACUUUCAACUUACCCAAUCGGUCAUCGUCACAAUUAUUUCUUUCUUCCGCAAGUCCAAAAACCUCAAGGGGUUUGACCAGUUCCUGGAAAUGCUCAGCGGCCACGGUGGCUACCCGGCUAAUCUGGGAAAAGCCAUCUACCGACGCCGGAAGCUCAAUGGAAUUGACCUGGUGGUUCCGACGCUGGACAGUAGCAACCCGGUCAUCUAUACUGCGCUAAUCUCAGCAGCCUUACGCUUUGAUCAACCGGACCGAGCCGACGCCUGGCUCCAGGCAGCUCGCAGCGUUGGUUUCUUUGACGACUGGAAUACUCUUUUCUCUUACCUGCGAUUCUACAGCAUUCGCCAGGACUGGGACAAGGGAACUCAUGUAUUGAAAAGAGCUGUUACUUUCCUCGUUUCGUCGACGGACCAUUCUCCCGACCAAGUCGAGCGUUUACUCGUGCGGAUGGUACAUCUCUGCGAUUCCUGCGGCCAGAAGGACACCGCGGAGGCUUUGAUUGCUGCUGCGAUGCACAGUGGAUUUAACCCGGCCAUGCCAUCGGGCCAACGUGAUGUCGUGCCAAUCGUUGACUCCAACUUCUCGCGGUGGAGGAAGGCAGCUGAUGGAGUGCCGAACGAAAAUAUCGACCGCCCCUUGUGGCAACAGUGCCAGGAGUUCGCGAAUAUUGUCCAAAGACGGCUGGAUCAUCUUGAGGUAUUGGAAAAAACCAGCACCUCACGACAUUACACCGAGUUGGCUGGUCCACAUGCACAAAGCGCUCCAUCCGUUACGCGAGGCGGUGGUUCAAUGGACACAGAAGCUGCUAGUGUGGGUGGAGCAACCUCAGAGACACAUCCGUCUGCUCUCAAUUCCGAUAACACGACCUCCCAAGAGGACGUCACUGCCCUUAAGGCGGAAAUGGCCCAACUCCGCGCCCUCGUCUUCGAGCUUCGCAAGCACCACAUCCAAGACUCCUUCAAAGAAGACGAAUCUCUUGCGGACGAGGAAGCGCCGUCCGAUAUACCCCAAACCCAAACCCAAACACCUCCACCAGACACCCCCGCCAGGCCCACGCAGCCACUAAACGUCGAAUUUGAACGAAUAUCGACCCUCAUCAACAGCGACAAAUUCACCACCGCGCCUUCCGCCCUAUACCCCAGAGGAUUGGGCAAACUGCGCCAAAGCCGCAAACAGCGCGCCGAUGUUCUCAAACGGGGCGCGACUCAUAUAUCCUCUUCCUCUUUCUCAUCCGCAUCCGCAACUACUCCUUCCGACAACACCGCCCCUGCGAAGACGACGUCUUCUAUCCCUGCACAGCCAGACAGCGAGCAAGCGAAAACGAGCUGGUCGAAUCUCAGCCCCGCAGCACGCAGACGGCUUUGGCGCGAGGAACAGCUACGUACCCAGCCCGUGCAAACUAUGGAGUAG